AUGCCUGUGCGUAGAGAUGGAGAAUUUGAAAUAGCUGGUAAUAAGGCUGGGAGGGACUCCGGAAACACCAAGACAAGGAUGCUUUCCUGCUUGCAGAGAGCUGGCUUGCAGUGCCCUAUGGGUAGCAUUCACCAAUACCUGAAAUCUAGGAUGACCAGCCAUGUGUAUGUGGGCACGACUGUCACUGUGUAUAGUACAGCCAUUUUGGACAACCUCACCACAGAGGUACUUGGGCUGGCAAGACAUGCAUCAAAAGACCUAAAGUUAAUGUGUUUUACCCUGCAUCACUUGCAAGUUGCUAUUCGUGGAAAUGAGGAAAUGGACUCUCUCACCAAGGCUACAAUCACUAGUGGCAAUGUCAUCCCACACAUCCACAAGUCUCUGAUCGGGGACAAAGGACAACAGAAGACUGACCAAAGCAUGUCUGGAUUCCUUACCAUCUGA